GCUAUUUAGACUCAACAUACAAUUUCCUUUUGAAGCAUCUUUAUCAAGCACAGCAACCAUGGGUCUUCUUCGUUCAGUGGUGCUGAUCACUACUCUUUUCCUGGGAUUGUUUGUCCAAAUCGUUUCAUCCUCGGCCAUUGUCGUAGGCUACUAUCCGUCAUGGAAGAGGCAGCACAUGUCGUCAGUUGACUUUUCCAAGUACACACAUAUGAAUAUGGCGUUCGCGAUUCCGGCGUCCGAUGGAUCUUUCUCGUUUGAAGGCGACUGGUUCCUCCCACAGGUUGUUAGCGACUUGCACAACAAGGGUGUCAAGGUGCUGAUCUCGCUUGGCGGGUGGACUGGCUCAAACCUGCUCUCCGGCAUCAUGAAGUCGGACAGCACACGCAAGUCGCUGAUCACCAGCAUUAUCAGUUAUCUCGACACGUACAGCCUCGACGGUAUUGAUCUGGACUGGGAGUACCCUGGGCGCCUUGGCAACACCUGCAAUGUGUAUGAUGUAGACAACGACUACAGGAGCUACCUGACAUUCCUGCAGGACUUGCGGUCGCAGCUCGAUAAAAAGUUCAGCAGCAACAAGAAGCUGAUCACUAUGGCUGUCCGUGUUGAGCCGUUCGAUGGCCCUGAUGGGCCGAUCUCUGACUUGUCCGAGUACGCCAAGGUUGUCGACUUUGCCAACAUCAUGCAGUAUGACAUCAACGGUGGCUGGAACAAGGUCACUGGCCCUAAUGCUCCGCUGAAUGCCGAGCCAGGAAAAGGUGCGCAGUUGUCGUUCGCGUCUGCCAUCGAGGCAUGGACCGGCGCUGGCUGGCCCGCCAACCAGCUGACAGCGGGUCUUGCGUUCUACGGCCGGGCUACAACUGCCUCAGAGGACAUGACCAAGGAUCCAGGCAACAUGUACCAGCAGCAGUCAACCACUGUGCCGCUGGGCGACUCGGAGGAUGCCUCCUGGUAUGAUUCAUGCGCAGGUGCAGCCGCCAACUCUGGCACCUGGCAGUGGAAGAACAUGCGUGGCACUGUCCUCUCCGACGCAACGACGCCCAUCUCGCCGUGGGUGCGUACCUGGGAUAACGCCACAUCGACGCCCUGGUUGUUCAACCCUAGCACCAAGAUGUUCAUCUCGUACGAUGACACCAAGAGCAUCAAGAUGAAAGUCGAUUAUGCUGGGUCGAAGGGUCUAGCUGGUGUCAUGGUCUGGUCGUCGAACAUGGACUACAACAACGAGCUCUUGGAUAUUGCUGUAGGCUUCAGUAGCAGUGGGGGUGGAAGCGGAAGUGACUCUGGUGCUACAAGCAGUGCCCCAUAUACAUAG